AUGUGGGGCCAGGCUCCUGAGAGGAGCCACUGGCUUUGGGCACCUGAUGAACGCUGGCCUGUGGCUGAAGAGACACCAGAUGGGGUCUUGUUGCAGGCAGCGGAGGUGGGCGCGGCAGCAGGAGAGGGUCCGGACAGUCCUCAGGAGCGGCGAGGCUCGUGCGAGACUGGGAGGCAGCAGCAGAGCCACGAUGUGCGGCCUAGGUCUGGAGCAAACGGGCUUCCAAGACGCUCCUUCUGGCUGGAUCUCUGGCUCUUUAUCCUUUUCGACGUGGUGUUGUUUCUCUUCAUGUAUCUUUUGCCCUGA